AUGACGUUACGCUCCGCCAUCCGUUAUAUUGGGUUGGUUCAAAUCCUUCUCAUUUUCAUUGCAUCGGGAUUUCAACAGAUCUCCAACCCCGCGGUGAGUGCCGCCUUGUUGGCGAAGAGCAACUUUCCCAAGAUGUUGAAAAUGGCCGGCGUUGGGUAUCGACUUAGCGCCUCCGAAUACACGACUUUAAUUCAGGCGUCUGGUGCACUCUUUCUUGGUUUCUCUCUCUUUAUUUUGUUGGGGGUGGGUCGAUGCUUCUUCGCCUUCAUGUUGGCGUUGAGCACCGUCCUUCUUACAGUUGCCUUCCACGUGGACCCUGAGAACCCGGGGAGGAUAAGUAACACGGAUCUUUUUCACGUGUUGAAAAACAUUUCCAUUGUUGGUGCCCUUCUGUUUGUUGCAGGUAGCGGCCAGCGGACCCAUCGUUUUUCGAGGGCGCACCAGGAGGCAGAAACAGAAAAGAAAAACCGUUAA